AAUAUAUUUUUCUUCUUACUAUUUUCUCACCUUUUAAUCGACAAUAUUUAGACGAUUAAUCAAUAAAAUCACUGGUGUAUGAAUCAGUAAUUAAAUACUUUUGAGAUAAUAGUUAAUUUACAAAUGUGUCUCACAGUAACACAGGAUUAAGCAGUGACAUCUCAGAUUAUCCACUGAGCCUUGGCUCCACGAGUCAAUGUGUGCUCUCUAAACACGCGUUGCGUAAUUAACAACCCUGCGAAGACAAAUGAAAUCCCCCGAAAAGCUCCUACCACCGUCUCCACGGUGCAGCGGCGGCCGAGGCGAGGCGCUCGACUUCAGAGGAAGCUUCCACAGACGUCCGGCCCGUUUUCAACACAUCGGCGUGUGCGGGGAGCUGACGUGACGCGGCAGUGGGGCUGUCUCUCCUCCGCGCUGCCUGCAUUCAUAAACGGAUAUGAUAACCCAGCGCUGAGAGCACCGGAGCAGCGACAUCAGGCGGCUCUGACCAUGGCGGAAGAGGACGACGUGAGGAUUCGGAUCUUACAGAGCCUGCGGGGGAAGAUAUGUGAAGCUAAGAACCUGGGCCCAGUCUCGGGUCCAAAUCGUCAAAGGGAUCUCUGCACCGUUUGCACCAUAAGUCUGGACCAGGAGGAGGUGUUUCGCACCAAGGUGUUUGACAAAAGCGUCAGCCCUUUCUAUGGCGAGGACUUCUACUUUGAGAUCCCGCGUCCAUUCCAGUGUUUAUCCUUCUAUGUUUAUGCCAAGAGCGUUUUUCAAAGGGACCUAGCUGUUGGCAAGGUAUCAAUCCGGAAGGAUGACCUGUGUAAAUACAGUGGGAAGGAGCACUGGUUAAGCCUUCAGCCAGUAGAUCCCAACUCAGAAGUCCAGGGUAAAGUCCACCUUGAGAUGAGAUUGAAUGAAGUGAUCACAGAGAACGGCUCAGGAGGUCAGCACUUACUAGUCAGGAUAAUAGAGUGUCAGGAGCUGCCUUUAAUCAGCGGGCAGAACUGUGACCCCUAUGCCACCGUGUCACUCGUUGGACCUGCCAGGUCUGACCAAAAGAAAACAAAGGUGAAAAAGAAAACCAGCAACCCUCAUUUUGAAGAGACCUUCUUCUUCGAGGUCACACGAUCCAGCAGCUAUUCCAAAAAGUCUCAUUUCCAAGUGGAGGAGGAGGACAUUGAGAAACUUGAGCUCAAAGUUGAUUUGUGGAACAAUGAGAGUCUGGCUCAGGACGUGUUCCUUGGUGAGACGCGGGUCCCUGUCAAGAUCCUGCGGACGGACCACAUCCACAAAGCCUGGUAUCUCCUCCAGCCUAAAGGGAACGGCAGCAAGUCCAAGUCGGAUGAUUUAGGAUCGUUACGUCUGAAGCUGACCUACAUAGAAGACACUGUGCUGCCAUCUGCCUGCUACACACCACUCUGCAACCUGCUGCUCAAAUCCCCAGAUGUGAAGCCCAUCUCCGCAUCCGCAGCGCACAUCCUGGGGGACAUCUACAGAGAGCGGUACGAGGCUGUUCUGCCCGUGGUCCGACUGCUGCUCCACCACAAUCGCUUUGUGCCUUUUGUUUCUGCUGUGGCGGCGCUAGAGCUGGACAACACUCAGGAGGCUAACACUAUAUUCCGUGGCAACUCACUGGCAACGCGCUGCAUUGAUGACAUGAUGAAGAUUGUGGGAAAAAAUUACCUGGCAGUUACCCUGAAGCCUGUAAUAGAUGAGAUUUGUGAAUCCAACAAAACCUGUGAGAUAGACCCUGUCAAACUAAAGGAAGGUGACAACGUAGAGGUCAACAAGGAGAACCUACAGGGUUACGUCCAGAAGGUCUUUUCCUCCAUCACCCAGUCCAGCUCGACCUGUCCCCCGCUCAUGUGUGAUGUCUUUAGGUCACUGAGACACUUGGCCUCUAAGAGGUUCCAAGCCGACCCUCACGUUCAGUACUCAGCUGUUAGCAGCUUUGUUUUCUUGCGGUUCUUUGCUGUGGCCGUUCUUUCUCCACACUCCUUCCAGCUACGCUCACAUCAUCCUGAUCCUGAGAUUUCCCGCACGCUCACUCUCAUCUCAAAAACCAUCCAGACUCUGGGCAGCUGGGGUAGUUUGUCCAAAAAAAUGUCUAGUUUCAAAGAAACCUACAUGUACGACUUCUUCAAAUCAUUCCAAGAGGACAAGUGUAUCGAAAGAGUUAAAAAGUUUCUAGAUGAGAUCUCCUCAAACGUCAGCAAAGGGUCGAGUGGGCUGGAGGACGCAGUGGUUCUCAAGGAGGGGGAAGUACAGAAACGUGCCCAGGGGAGGAAACGCCUGGGGAAGAAAAACUUCAAAAAGCGAUGGCUCAGAGUGACCAACAGGGAGCUCUCCUACCACAAACACAAAGGCAAAGAGGCCCUCUGCAUCAUCAACGUCAAACAUAUCCAGGCGGUCGAGAAACUGGAUGAAAGUGCCUUUAACCGCAAAAAUAUGUUUCAGGUGGUCCACUCUGAGAAGCCUCUGUACGUACAGGCAGGAAACUGUGUGGAGGCCAGCGAGUGGCUGGAUGUCCUGGGUCAGGUCAUCCGCUGCAAUGAGGGACGCCUGGCCAACUUCCACACAUCCAAUUACAGCGCCGGAGCCUGGCAGUGCUGCAAAAACCAGAACAACAACGCACCAGGCUGCAAGCCCUGCACAAUCACUGUGUUGGUCAACCUGCAGCUUGACAUAGACUGCGAUCGGGAAACGGAGCGAAUUUUCUCCCUUCUCUCUUCAAACGACACCAAGCUGCAGGACAUGGAGGAUGCAUGUGCCAGUAUGGCGGUGUACCAGGGCCCUCAGCGGGAGCAGGAGGAAUGCUCCAAGUUCACCAUUCAGGAACCCAAAGAGACGUUUCAGACGCUCAAGCAGCUCCGCAACGUCAUGGAGGAACUUCAGAGGCAGCACAACAUCAGGAACGACACCACGGCGCAGUACGGCAGCCUGGACAACCCGAUAGUGGGGAAAACCUCCUAACCAGGCCGGCAGGUGUGGCCUGAGAGGGUCGUACCAGCAGGUGACAGUACUUCACAAGCAGCGCUGCAGUGAUACACUGGCGCCAGGAGUUGUCCCAUCAAGCUGCUGUGUGUCCAGGAGAAGAACAACUGAUACACCCUAACCUCCAGACAUCCUGACUCCACCACCGGAGUCAGGAUUGCAAGCUUUUUUUCCAGCGUCUCUCCUUGUGUUCUUGUGCCACCUCCUCCCCCCUCCUCCUCCUCCUUCACGUAAAGACACUCCCUCUCUUGUUUUAUGUUCACUUCUACGUCUCCAGCUGUAUGAAAAAGGCAUAGUUAGAAUAAGUGUGUGAAUAGGCUGCUAUACUUUUUUUAUUCACCCACUUUUAUAUCGACAGCUGAGAUGAUACUUUCCCGAUCUUUUAACAGUUUGCUUUUCGGAGUUGAUUGAUAAUCAUCAUGUUUCUUGAGGAGUGUCCUCCACUUGUGCCCAAGCACAUUUAAACACCUUCCUCCAUUCUUAUUGUCCUUCCUCCUCUUAACAAAUGUUUAUGUGUAUGUAUAUAUAUAUACAUACAUAUAUGUAUGUUUAUAUAUAUAUUAACAUAUGUACAUUUUCUGAGUAGAUGAAACCGAUCUGCCUUACUUUGAUGGAUGAUUCUUUCAGAUUAAAUGCUGAUGGAAUAAUGCAGAAGCACUUUAAAUAUUUGGAGUCCUCCAAAUGAAAAACCAUUAGAUACUUGGUAUCAGCUUUUCCCCCAAUUGAUCAGUUACAUGAUCAUUUUAGUUUCAUUCUUGUACAAUAACAUUGAUAGCUUUUAGUUUUUAAAAUAUUUUUCUUGACCAAAGACAAUUUCAUAGGUUUGACUUGAAAAAAUUAAACAUGUAUUUUGAAUACAAAUGUUUUAAAAAUGAAGAUAUAUAUAUAUAUAUAUAUAUAUAUAUGUAUAUGGUUUAUGUGUAUGUUGUUGUUUUUUUUUGCUAACAUAUCCUUUUAUUUUGGUGACUUUAGGCAAACGGAUUGCAUGAGUUCUGUUUUGAUUCCUGAUAGCACAUGACUGUGGUUUCGAGUUGUGUUUGCUGUGAUUGUGAGUCUAAUCGGUACGUCGUACCUUAGAUCCGUGCUGUGACGUCGAGAGCAUUGCAACAUGUCUGUACUGGCUAAGAAACGAAAUGCUGGAGGAACAAAUGAGCCCUGUUAUCCCUAAAUCAGCCCCACCGAUCACACCAUGUCCUUUUCUUAUCUCUCAGACGAUCAGUUCAGUGCAGCUCCAGCUGUUGCACUUUAUGGUUUUAGGAAAUCAGUAUGAGACGCAACACUCUGUUGCUUAAAACCUGUUUUUAAUGUUUUCCUGACCUGUCACAGCACUCCACUGCCAUAACUGCUGCCCAAACCCAAAGAGUCAAGAAAAGUCCUGUGUUGUAAAACAGAAAAAUGAUAUGCAUUCAACAUAAAUAAUGAUAAGAUGCACAUUACUACUCCAUUUAAAUGACUAUAUCCGAGAUAAAUUCUUAUCCUAACAAUCAUAUUUUGCAAAAGUAGCGCUGCACAGUACAGUAAUAGAAACUAUUCUUGACACUGACAGAAAGAGAAUGUGGAUUUUUGAGCUCUUUGGUUUAUCUGUCUUCUAAAAUUGAUAUUUAUAUGGUACUUAAACCAACACUGAAAGUUUUAGGUUGCAGCUUUUUACUCUUUCUAUCAGUCGAAUUUUUUUUUUAUUAAUCAACAUUUUAUUUAUGUUGCUAUCAAAAACUGAAGAAAAAUCUAAAUUUGAUUCACUCCUGUUUUGGAUUUUGUUUGUCUCCUUUAAUUUUCCCCAUCAAUUGCCCAUUUGAACAAUGAAGUUUUGAAAAAGAAAGAACCUCGCAUUCAUUUUAACAACAGAAGUUUCAUGCUGAUGGUUAACUAUGAUUUUUUUUUUUCAGGCUUUUGGAAAAAAGUUGUUUUGCCUUUGGUCCGUCAUAUAUUUCGAACAUGCAUGUCUUGUAUAUUUAACAAUAUAUUUUUUUAGGAAAACCUUUUUUAAAUCUUUUUAUUACACUGAUUUAAUUGUUGCUAUACUGGUACGUUACCUGGCUCUUUAUCUGCAGCACUUCUUUCAGGCUCUUUGUUUUUGUCCAGUCACUGACUGGAUGUGGUUGUAGCUGCUGCACUCGUCAUUGUUAGCACACUCACUGUAGUGAAUAAUAUUAUGUGAGUCUGUUUAAUCGGAGCCACAAUACAAAUGUUAAAUUAGUGAUUUUAAGUCAUUUCAUUUGAUGAUCUUUCUGUGAUUUGGAACCUUUUUUAGUUGAGCAGAAAAAAAUGUCCUGGGUCAAAUUUCAACAACUGUUGGAUCUGGAUUUGAACUCGUCAGGACAUAAUGAUAUUGUUAUAUACUGUAUAAACUUGCAUGUCCACUGCAGUUUGUAAUGAGAGCACUUGCAGAUGAUAUGCUUGUGUGUUCAGUUUCAAAUUAAGGUGACACACGUUUUUGGUUCUUAAUUCCUCUCUUUUUGUCAUUGAAUCACGAGUUAUUCCAUUUGUUUUCCCACAUCAUUGCAUUGUCUCUCUGUCAAACGACAUCGUGCCGUCUCUUCAACCACUAGUUUGGUCGCAGGUGAAAGAAAAACUCGCUCUUAUUAAUAUCUGAUAUUAUCUGGUGACCUUAUUAGCCAAUUGAAUUAUAAGUAAACAUUAAAAGCUGGUAUUUGCAGCAUAACUACAAUUGACAGAGCAUCUUAAUGCAGACAAGUCACUUUAUUGAUCAUCCAAUUUAACAACAUACAGCCAGACAAAAGACUUCUUUGACACCAUUACAGUGAAGUUGACAGAGUGUUAACAUCGAGUAAACAUUAAAUAAGUUGGUCCACAUUCAGUGAAUAUUGUGAGAUGCAUGUGGAAACACGCACAGUGGUCUGGCUGUUGUUGAAUUGAAAGUAGCACAGCUCUUCUUGACUCGUUGGAUUGUGGCCACAAGGGUUUGGUUUAAACGUUGUCAAACUGAAUAAGCUUUGAAUGAUCCGAUGCAAAACAAAUCAAACCACAUAUCUGAUGUUUCUGAUCUCCUCCUGUUAAUAUAAAUUGAAAAAAACUGUUUUAUACAAGACAAAACUGAUUUGAGGUUCAGGUUUCCGUUUGGUUGUUUUUUUCGAAUACUUACAUGAAGUGGAAAAACAAUCUAAUAAUCAACUUAGAGAGGCAGUGGAAGCAGGGUGUAGGUUUAAAAGUCAGCGUGGAGGUUUCUUAGGAUCUUUCUUUCUAAUGUCAGAGCUUCUCUUUGUCCAGUGUCCAGUCAGUACUUUCAGGAGGCAGACACUAGCUUCACAUCUCCAAAUAAUUUCUUCUGAAUGUUUCCGUGCAGCUUCAGCACAGUGUCUAUUCUUUUUAUACACAUGAAAUGUUUAUUUUUCAUACAUGGUCUUGUCUGUGUCCGUUUGAAACAAGUUACAAUAAACACUUUGCCCAUAA